CGCUAGGUUGAUCCAUAACGUCACCGCCAAGCGAAGCCAUUCCGAUCUCCUUUCUCUGUCCUCUCCGCUGCGCUCGCUCUGCCUUCUCCCUCAUCCCCACGAUCCGUAACUCCUUUCCCAUAGAAAUCCUUGCUUCUCACCUUCGGCCUCGAUCGGAGACUGGCCUCGGCGCUGCAAUGGGCACGGAGGUGACCUCCGCGGCGGAGAUUUCGAAGCCGCUCUUGUCGGCGGAGAAUGCCGAAGAAAAGAUCCCACCGUGGAAGGAGCAAAUUACCGUCAGGGGCUUGCUGGUCAGCGCGCUCUUGGGUUCUCUUUUCUGCAUCAUCACGCACAAACUCAACCUUACCGUCGGGGUGAUUCCGUCCCUCAACGUGGCCGCUGGGCUUCUGGGUUUCUUCUUCGUCAAGAGUUGGACCGAACUCGCGUCUCGGAUCGGUUUGUGGUCGAAGCCGUUCACCAGGCAGGAGAACACUGUGAUCCAGACGUGCGUGGUGGCGUGCUAUGGACUGGCAUUCAGUGGGGGGUUUGGCUCAUACAUGCUCUCUAUGGAUCAAAGGACAUAUGAACUUAUAGGAGCUGAUUAUCCUGGUAACAGAGCAGAGGAUGUUAAAAAUCCUUCUCUGGGUUGGAUGAUUGGUUUCAUGUUUGUUGUGAGUUUCCUUGGGCUGUUUAGCCUCGUGACACUACGCAAGGUAAUGGUAAUCGAUUACAAGCUUACAUACCCUAGUGGGACAGCUACAGCAUUGUUAAUAAACAGUUUCCACACUAGCACAGGAGCAGAGCUUGCUGAGAAACAAGUACGUUGCCUGGGAAAGUAUCUAAGCAUAAGUUUUUUCUGGAGCUGCUUUAAAUGGUUCUUCAGUGGUGUAGGAGAUUCAUGUGGGUUUGAUAAUUUCCCUAGCCUUGGCCUUGUAGCAUUUAAGAAUACGUUUUAUUUUGAUUUUAGCCCUACAUAUGUUGGAUGUGGUCUCAUCUGCCCACAUAUUGUUAAUUGUUCAGUCCUGCUUGGAGCCAUUGUAUCAUGGGGUUUCCUUUGGCCAUUCAUCUCUACUAAAGCUGGGAAUUGGUAUCCAGAUAACCUUGGAAGUAGUGAUUUUAAAGGUCUCUAUGGUUAUAAGGUUUUCAUAGCAAUCUCUCUUAUCCUAGGCGAUGGUCUUUACAACUUGAUUAAAAUAGUGAUAAUAACUGUAAAGGAAAUUGUGAAUGCUCGCUCAAAGCAGACAUCACUUCCACUGGUAGUAUCUCCUCAAGAUGAUGCUAGCUCCCAUCUUUUAACCGAAGAAAAACUACGAGAAGAAACAUUUUUAAAGGAUAGCAUACCAUCCUGGUUUGCAGCUUCUGGGUACAUUGGUCUUGCUGCUAUAUCAACUGCAGUGAUUCCAAACAUCUUUCCUCAGAUGAGAUGGUAUCUGGUCCUUGCGUGCUACAUUGUUGCGCCUGCACUGGCCUUCUGUAAUUCCUAUGGUACUGGCCUCACCGAUUGGAGCCUUGCCUCAACCUAUGGGAAGAUUGGACUUUUCAUCUUUGCUUCAUUGAUCGGAAGCAAAGGCGGGGUCAUUGCCGGCCUAGCUGCAUGUGGUGUUAUGAUGUCCAUUGUUUCUACUGCUGCUGACCUUAUGCAGGACUUCAAGACAGGCUACCUUACCCUAUCCUCGCCGAAGUCCAUGUUUGUAUCCCAGUUGAUUGGCACAGCCUUGGGUUGUGUCAUUGCUCCUCUCACCUUCUGGCUCUACUGGACUGCUUUCGACAUUGGAUCACCUGAUGGUGUCUACAAGGCUCCGUAUGCAGUCAUAUAUCGCGAAAUGGCCAUCUUAGGCGUUGAAGGCUUCUCUGCGCUGCCAGAGCAUUGCCUGGAGCUCUGCUGUGGGUUCUUUGUAGCUGCACUGGCUAUCAAUCUUCUCAGGGAUGUAACCCCAACGACCGUAUCAAAGUACAUCCCAAUACCAAUGGCAAUGGCAGUUCCCUUCUACAUUGGAGCAUAUUUUGCAAUCGAUAUGUUCGUCGGGACAGUGAUUUUGUUCGUCUGGGAACGGUUGAACAAGAAGGAAGCUGACGACUAUGCUGGAGCAGUUGCAUCAGGCUUGAUAUGUGGCGAUGGGAUAUGGACUGUUCCUUCAGCAAUCCUCUCAAUUUUUAGGAUUGAUCCACCAAUUUGCAUGAACUUUGCCCCUAGCAGUUGAAAUAUUUUAUGUUUUGGAGAUAUUUGUAUAAGUGCAAAAUACAGUUGGUCGAUUGUUAAUGUGAAUUCCCUCAACGUUAUGCUAUGCACAUACAUUUCUGUUAUUUAUUACGCUUAUGGAUUUUUUUUAA